AUGACAACGAAGACAGGAGGAGAGAGGAGUGGGAGGAAAGAAGCAAGGAAGAAGGGAGGGAUCUAAGUCGAGGCUGCAGCGUGGCUCUGUGUCUGAAUGAAAGAACCUCUCUCUCCCACUCUCUCCUGCGGUCUGCAUUGCAUGUAUGGCUAGUGUCUGCUGCAGCAAGUGAGCACAUGUCCAGAGCAAACACAGCGAGGCUCUGCCACUGACUUCAAACUGGAAGUAAAUAUUUAGCAGAAACUUCAGCAAGUGGUGGCUCUUUUGGCUCUCUAUUUCUCAAGUUCUUGGAUUUCAUUUGUCUUUCUAAGAAUCUGGACUACCUCUCAUCAAUGGGACUGCUUUUUUAAGAAUACGUUUCUAGAUGAGAACUAAUUUUUGAGAACUUAUCUUGUGAUGGACAUCCAGUUUCAGCAACUGUAUCCAUUCAACAACUUGUGAUUCAAAGAAGCUUUUGUUAAGUGAGACAGACUGAACCUCUCAGGACUUUGGGACAUUGGGUCUGACACACUACGUUGACGGCUGCACUUUAAAUCUCCUCACCAUCAAGAGAGUUCACUGGAUCUGGAUUAGUUUCACCUGAUUUGACCUCAUUAACACACCUCAAAAGGGCAAUUUCAAAUGCAAGUGUAGAUAAAUUAAACCAGAGCAAUUCUAAGAGCUUUGUAGAUCUUCAACUAACUUGCAGCCAGGUGUGAUGCCGAGUCAGUGUGUUUGACACACGGUUCCCUUUGAGACAAAUGAGGGCAUUCAAAACUACAAAACUUUUCUCCAACGCUCAAUUUAAAUUCUGAAACUGAUCCAACUGACAUUUGCAUUGUUGGAUCAAGAGCAAAAAUAUCCAGAACUGUAAGACAGACAUUACACCAUGACCCUAGUGACCUGUGAUCACUUUCCUCACCUCCUUCCCCUCGUCCUGCUGUUGCUCCUCCAGGCCUGGCAGGGGUGCUGUCACCCGCAGUGUUUGGACUACAAGCCUCCGUUUGAGCCCCGACAGCCACUGGUCUUCUGUAAAGAAUAUUCAAAGUUUGGAUGCUGUGAUCUGGAGAAAGAUGGGGAAAUAUCAGUCAGAUUUUACAACAUCAUGGCAAACUUUGACCAUUCAGGCUACAUGACCUGUGGCAAGUACUUACGCAGCAUCCUCUGCCAAGAGUGUUCCCCAUACUCUGCCCACCUGUAUGACGCUGAAGAUGCUAACACACAUAUGCGGAUGCUGCCUGGACUGUGUCCUGAUUACUGCUCUGAGUAUUGGAACCAGUGUCGCUACACGCUCAGUCUCCUCCUGGAGGACUUUGGGGGCCCGCAGCAGUUUGCAAACCUGACUGCAACCAUAGAAGAAGACAGCAGGAGGUUCUGUGACUUUCUGGAGCUGAAGGACAAACAGUACUGCUAUCCUAAUGUACUGACCAAUACAGAGCUGAACGCUAACCUCGGCUUUGUGAGUGAAGAUCCAACAGGAUGUCUUGAGUUAUGUUUGCAGGAGGUUGCAAAUGGGCUCCGAAACCCUGUGGCCAUGAUCCACGCAGAUGAUGGAACUCACCGCUUCUUUGUGGCCGAGCAGCUGGGUUACGUUUGGGUGUAUCUGGCUAACGGCUCCAGGAUCGACCGUCCUUUCCUCAACCUCACUCGAGCUGUGCUUACGUCGCCGUGGGCUGGAGACGAGAGAGGAUUCCUCUGCAUAGCCCUACACCCGAGGUUCACUGUGGUCAGAAAGGCCUAUGUAUACUACUCUGUGUCUGUAAAGAAAGAGGAAAGGAUACGUAUCAGUGAGUUCACACUGUUACCACAUGACGACAACCAACUUGACCACUCCUCUGAGAGAACCAUUCUUGAGGUGACAGAGCCAGCAUCCAAUCACAAUGGAGGACAACUUCUGUUCGGCCAUGACGGGUAUCUGUACAUCUUCAUUGGUGAUGGUGGACGAGCUGGGGAUCCAUUUGGAAAGUUUGGCAAUGCACAGAACAAGUCAACGCUGCUUGGCAAGGUGCUGCGUGUUGAUGUUGAAGACAAUGAUGAGAGCGUUCCGUACAGCAUUCCCCCAGACAACCCGUUCGUGGAGGAGAAAGACUCAAGACCGGAGAUUUAUGCCUAUGGAGUUCGCAACAUGUGGCGCUGCUCCAUUGACCGUGGUGACCCCGCUACAGGCCGAGGUAGAGGCAGGAUGCUGUGUGGUGACGUAGGCCAGAACAAAUAUGAAGAGGUGGACAUCAUUUCUAAAGGAGGUAACUAUGGAUGGAGGGCCAAAGAAGGCUUCAGCUGCUACGAUCGCAAACUGUGUCAGAACUCCUCGCUAGAUGACAUCCUGCCCAUCUUUGCCUACCCUCACAAGUUGGGCAAGUCAGUGACUGGAGGAUACAUCUACAGAGGCUGCCAGAUGCCCAACCUCAAUGGACUCUACAUAUUUGGGGAUUUCAUGAGUGGGCGUCUGAUGUCUCUGAAGGAGAGUAAAAUCACCGGGGAUUGGCAGUUUAACGAGGUCUGCAUGGGGAGAGACCAGACCUGCAGGUUCCCCAAACUCAUCAACAGUCACUAUAAAUACAUCAUCUCUUUUGCUGAGGAUGAAGCAGGUGAACUUUACUUCUUAGCCACUGGAAAGGCGAGUUCCACAGCCAGAGCAGGAAUCAUUUAUAAGAUAGUGGACCCUUCAAGGCGAGCACCACCAGGAAAAUGCAGCAUCAAGCCUUUGCCUGUUCAAAUAAAAGGAAAACUGAUUCAUUUCUACCCAAAAGAAGAGUUUACUAUGAACAAGAAACCCACCACCACACCUGUACCCAAAACAACCACAACAACAAAAACACCCCCAAAGAGAAAAUCAACAUCUAUAAAAAUAAUAAAACCACCAAUGCCAACAAGAAAAACAAUAAGAAAAACAUCACUACCACCACCACCAACAACAGCAUCAACAACAAAAACAACAGCAAAAACACCAAUAACACCAGCUCCAACAGCUGAAACAACAAAGACAACAAGAAAGCCAAUGAGAAAUACACCAACACCAGCAACAACAAGAAAGCCAAUGAGAAAUACACCUACACCAACACCAACACCAGCAACAACAAUGCCAACUAUCAAAGCAACAACACCAACACAAACGACUCCAGCAACAACAGUAAAUCCAACAACUGUCCAGAGGGCCGUGGCAACAACCCCCGCCAGAACCACACCCACGGGUUAUCGAACAACCAUCAUGACUGCAGCCUUCUCUAAGAUUGCUCAAAUCCCAAUCAUCACCACACCUCAAACCAGGAGACAUGGGAAACCCCUUCAAUACCCCCAGGGUACAACCUCCCAACCAAUAACCACACUACAGCCCACUCCUCAGGCCACAACACGGCUGCCAUAUUGGAGCCAGAGACCGAUGGCGUCUCCUCAGAGACCACCAAUCAACACAUCGCUGCCUAAAUCCCAGGAGGAGAGGCUGUGGAUUGGAGUGAAGAUGGAAAGUGCCGGGGAGGGUAACCAGGUAUUUAAGAGGCCCCGAGGAAGAGAUAGAGGUCGCGGUUACAAGAGAGGAAGAGGAAGAAAGCUACGGGUCGGCUCUGUGCGACUGGUGAGCGCUGACGGUUUAUCAGAUCGAGGAAGAGUUGAGAUCUUUAUACGUGGGGAGUGGGGGACAGUGUGCGACGACCUAUUCAACACCAAGGCAGCUACUGUAGUGUGCCGACAGCUCGGCUUCACGACCGCAUUUGCAGUGAUGAAAAGAGCUGCACUGGGGGAGGCAGACAGGAGCGUCAGGAUCCUGUUGGAUGACGUGGAGUGUGAGGGUGGGGAGGGAUCGCUCUUAGAGUGCAAGAGGUCCAGAGUUGGGAAACACAACUGCACACAUGGGGAAGAUGUAGGGGUGAUCUGCGGUUAGCACGGAGGAAUUGAAAUUCAAAGCAAAGUUUAGGAAGUCAAGGAGAAGAUGGUGUAUAUCACAAACAGGAAGGUGUAGAUGCAUAAUAUAGGUAAUAUCAGCUUGCAUACAUUUGAGGAUAUGCUUAAUUCUUCAUAUUUUCAUGUUUUACAUAUGUGUUUGAGCCUCUCCCACUGCUUAUGGCAAAGAAUGUCUAUAUAUAUAUAGAGGAUACUUUUUUCAUUUUUUAACCCCCAAUGCUCAAAAGCAUCUCCUGAACUCACUCAGUCCCCUUUUUAUACUCAAACUAUUUUUUAUAGUGUUUUUUAGUUUGUAAUUUUAAAUGACACUCCAAACUUACUUCACAGGUAUUCAAAGUCUUGAUUCCCGUCUGUCUGCAAAGUUGUGUAUAUGAUAUAACAGAGGGGUAUUGAUUGCUGUGUCUUUGUUAUAUCUGAAAAUCUGCAUGUUAGACUUUAUUUUUAUCACAUGUUCUAGAGUCGAAAUUUGACAUCUCAACACAAAAAUGGACCUAAUGUGAUUCCCUGAGACAAAGAGCUUUAUUAUAUUGUUUUUCCCACUUGCUCACAGUAGAUGUGUGUUACACAGAAAACAAUCUUAAAAACAUUGCAACUGGAACUGUUAUUAAAAAAACAAUAGUUUUAAAGAAUAUGAAUGAAUAUCAUUUAUCGAAAACUUUUAACAUGGACUGAGUGAAUCUUGGAGAAACUUAACUUUGUAUGUUUUGGCUGUAUGUGUUCUGUUUACACUCUUAAAAUAUAUUCAUUGUAAAACAACGCACAUCCUGUUAAAAUAGUCUUUUGUUUUAAGAAUAUAUUUGUAUUUUUGUAUUGCAUCAUUUCAGCAGUGUCUUUUUUAAAUACCAUUUUAAUACUGUUUUUGAAUGUAGUUUUAAGAUUAAAAAAAUGUACAAUCUAAAGAGUUUGUAACAUAAAAUGCAGGGCAUUCUUUCUGAUGAAUGUAAAAAAAUGUUUCCAGUGUUAUAUAAAGAGAUCUGAGGGCACAGGGUGCUCACCUUAUGUAUAAAGUUUUUUUGCAAAUGA